GUUCUCAACCAGGAACCGGAUGUGUCCUGUUGCUCCGGCGAAACACUGGGGAGAUGGCCACCGGGACAGACCAAGUGGUGGGAUUUGGCCUCGUCGCCGUUAGCCUGAUCAUCUUCACUUACUACACCACUUGGGUGAUUCUUUUGCCAUUCAUCGACAGCCAGCAUGUCAUCCACAAGUACUUCCUGCCCCGUGCCUACGCUGUCCUUAUCCCACUGGCCACAGGCCUCCUGCUGCUCCUGUUUGUGGGAUUGUUCAUUACCUAUGUGAUGCUGAAGAGCCAGAGGGUGACCAAGAAGGCUCAGUGAAGGGCCAGCGAUGAGGCUUCCAGAACCACCUUCAUAUUUCCUCCAGGGAAGAGGCCAAAGGUCACAGCCUGCGAGACAGCCUGGCUGUGCUGCAGCCCUCUUUGGGAGGUGGGACAGCUUCCAAGUCAGCUCUGACAAACUGGAACCCUCUCCCCUCUUACUUGUCCUUCCAGAAGCCAAGAGGAAGGUUGAUUGGGAAACCUCUCUCUCAUUCCCUUUGGGCUCAGGCCAGAACAUGGCUGGUCCUGUCCACCUCACAGUCCAAGCUCCCUGCCACUCCCACAGGGUCCUCUCGUCUGUGUUCCUCUUGUCAUGUGCUGAUAGACACAGCAGGCUCCACGGUUGUGCGCAGCCUCCCCGCCUCCUGGACAAACCCUGUCCCUUCAUAUGGCAGCUCUCUGUGUCUGACACUGUCCAGACUCCAUGAGGACUUCUGGACCCAGAAAGCCCUAGGGAAAGACUGACAGACCACAGAACCCAGGCAGCCACCCCAGAUCCCAGCUGGCCUGUUUGGGAAGAUUUACAAAUAAACG